UAUAUGCAAGACACAGUAUCUGGGAAUGUAAGUUUAAUUAUAUCGAGUGGUGCGAGGCGAUGGCUGUUUAAAUUGUUUAAAAUUGUCAAUUCGCGAUGGAGAGUGAAAAUAAUAUUAAAUCGGAUGUUCCGUCUCAUCUUUCUGUGGACUCUGACAGUAGCGGGUGUAAUAGUCCAGUAGUUCUUCGCAGCAAAAGUAGGCUUUCAAAUCUAUGGCGUUCCAGAUCUCUGUCGAGCCGAAAUAGCCAGAAAAACAGCAUUUCCAUCUUGGAAUCCAUUCCAUCCGUGGAAAAUCUUGACACUAAAUCCAAUGCAACAGCAGGCACAGUUUCGAGCUAUGAGGUGGAAAAACAGAGGAAGAAAGACUUAAAAGACACAAUAGUCACGAUUGUUCUCGUGGAGGCCAAGGGUCUCCCGAAUCCCCCGGAUGAUGGCUCGUCCCAUAGUCUUUUCUGCAAAAUGCGUCUCGGAUCCAGAACCUUUAAAUCCAAAAUGGCCGCGAACAACCGGCAGCCGGAAUGGAGGGAAAAGUUCGAACUGCGACUAAGCAAAGACUAUUUGCUAAGGGUUUCAGUAUGGGAUAAAGGAAAACAAAAGAGUUUUAUGGGAAGCUGCGUGAUAGAUAUGUCGGGGCUCGCCAAGGACCGCACGCACGAGAUAUGGCAGCAGCUGGACGACGGAUAUGGCUCCGUGCACUUAUCUGUUACCAUGUGCAACAUCCGCAACAAUGUCACUGACUACAGCGUCGUCGAGGAAAACGAAAUGGCGAAAGAGAAAUAUUCCUUGCGCAACCUCGGGACCGACUGGAACAUAAUAGGACAGCUGCAUGUGAAGGUGAUGCAUGCGAAGGGUCUGAGCGGCAAGCCCAGCGCGUACUGCACGCUGGAGGUGGACAACCAGCGGGUGCAGACUCACAGCGCGCGGGCCAGCUCCGAGCCCACGUGGGAGAAGAGCUAUGUCUUCAAUAUUUACGACAUCUCAUCAACACUGGACCUCAAAGUGUACGACAGCUCUCUAAAUCAAAUACGAAAUGAAAGUUUGGGAAGAGUUUAUAUACCGCUCCUGAGGAUAUCCAGCAGGACGGUGCGAUGGUACGCGCUCAAGGAUAGGACAAAACGCCACAGCGCCAAGGGGAAUUGCCCCAGAGUUUUGUUGGACAUGUCUAUAUUCUGGAAUCCGGUGAAAGCGGCAGUUCGUUUGUUUCAGCCAAAAGAAGUUAAAUACCUUAAAAAGCCUCCAAGAUUUGAUUUGCGCCUAGUUCACAGCAACUUGGAGUUCAUGAGAGAUACCUUCCAGGUUCUCUACGAAACAAAUGAAAGUUUUAAGAGUUUGUUUGAGUGGGAAAACCGAGAGUUAUCUUUCGUCGCCCUAUUGGGCUGGCUAUUCUUCUGGUACAAUAUUACACUGUGGGGAAUGCCGCUUCUGUGUAUAUUACCUUUUCUUUAUUUCUGGGCUUACCAGCGCAAUCAAAAUGAGAAAUUUUUUAGACAUGUUUACAAUACAGUUGACGAAAAGACUGAUGUCAGUGAUGUCGAAAAGGAUGACAAUAAGGCAAUAACAUUGGGGAAAAUACAAGGACUUCCUGAAUUGACACUGAAAAUAACAAGCGCAGUAGAAUAUAUGGUUAGCUUAGCCGAAAGAAUGUACAAUUUGGUUACUUUUAAGGUUCCAUUCCUGAGUUACUUAGCGAUGUUAUUUUUGCUGAUUUCAUCUGUGGCAUUGUACUGUAUACCAUUCAACUAUAUGAUGAUGGCGUUUGGAAUUUAUAAAUUUAGCAGAAAAUAUUUGGAUCCCGGGAGACAAUUAAACAAUGAUUUACUCGACUUCAUAUCAAGAAUUCCAGACAACGACAUUUUGAGGGACUGGAAAGAGCUGAGUGUACCAGAACCGAUACAGAGAAACCAUUCAAAAACAAAACUCCCUGCAUAUAGAUCCCUUAGCGUUUUGUAAUUUUUAAGACUACAUCAACGCACAUCCAAUGAUCUAUAUAGUGUAGCUACUCGUAAUUUAUUUCAUUAUAAGGAUUACGGGACUACGAGUAUAUCUCGAUAUGGUUAGCCGAUGUCAACAAAAUCACAGACCAAAAUCUCCAUUGGACUUGAUCUCGUCUAGUAUGAGUAACUAAACGCUGGAGUAGACCCUUGUGUAACGUACACUUGCACGUUUGCGUUAAAAUUCUAUACAAAAAAUGUCCGAACUUGCCUUUAAGCCUCUAUUGAGAUCGAACGUGAACACUAGUUUUGUUAAGUACUUGUCUCUGGCAUUUGUAACCUACAAUAAAAGGAAAAUACAGUUCUGGGUACCAUUCUUGUAAGCUUUACUUAGUUGUGGUAAAAAAGUAGUAAUAUACAUGUAUGUAACGUUUAGUUAUUUAUGUAUCUAAUAUUUAGAUGUAAUUUUUUAAGUACCUACUCGUUAUAAGUAAAUUUUAUAUUUAUACUGUGGGAGAAAAUAAAAUUUAUAUGAAAAUGUUAA